UCCUUCAACUCCGAGCCGACUCCCAGACCAGAGAGCGACCCCGACCGGCCAUGCCGACUCUGGUCGCUCGCACCGGUCGCUCCUCCACCGCUAACGCCGAUGCUCCGGGCUUUGCUGAAAGCUUCAGAGCUCUUCAACAGCUGGCUGGAGGGGCCCUAUGGGACUCUGGUGAAGGUGGUCUAUGUGAGCCUCUUCUUUGGCGCCGGGGUGCUGGGGCUCUAUGCCCUGUCCAGGAGCUUGGAGUCCCUGGCCGCUGAGCAUGACGCCAAGGUCUUGGAGGUGCUGAAGGCUGCGGAGCAGACGGGAGAGGCGGAGACCCAGGAGGAGCUGAAGGACACCGAGGACACUGAGGAGCUGCGGAAGCGGGGCGGUGCUCGCGGUGCUCGCGGUGCUCGCGGGGCGUGACCUCUUUGACUGCUUCCACUCAGUGAAUUGAAUUCCUGAAGAAGUUGGCAGCCCUCAGCGGCCGCAGUGAGGAUGGGACGCUGGUGAAGGACUACUGCGGCCGCAGGACUACGCCCGGCGGAUCUCUCUGAAUGAGCCUUUUUGAGGUGGAAGGAGACCGAGCGGCCAACGUUGACUGUGGCACCGGCUGUGACUUCACCGGCUGAGCUGCCAACGGUUGGCCCCCUUUGAACAGGGCUUCUAACCGACGGCGUCCGGUGCUCACGAGGUGAAGCAACCAGCCCACGGCGCUCGACCAGGACUCCGGUGCAAAAGGGCCGCUCGACCUCCGGUGCGGUGGGGGGAGUUUGAGCGUGAGACGGUG